CCAACACUCCUGUCUCAGCUCAUGUAGGGGCCUUCCCGAGGAGCUAACCAGUUGCUGUUAAGUGGAUUCCGAUUUAUGAUGACCCUAUAUGUGUCAGAGUAGAACUGUGUGCCGUAGGAUUUUCAGUGGUUGAUUUUUUGGCAGUAGAUUGCCAGGCCUUUCUUCUGAGGUGCUUCUGGGUGUCUCAAACCCCUAAUCUCCCUGUUAGCAGCCAAGUGCAGUAACUGGUUGCACCACACAGAGACCCCUCACAGUGGCUAGCUAGCAUCUUGUCCCUUGGUUAGAGCGGCCACCUUCCAAGAACUCAGUUCAUGUCUCAGGUGCUGGAGGACUGGAGAUGGGUAGGGUGGGGUUGGUGCAGAGAAGACACAGAUGGGCAAAGGUGGCCAGAACAGGUGGAGGCAAGCCAAACCGUGUGGACAAGCUCAGCCUGCCGCUCGCUUCUCUUCCAGGCCUCCUCUUUGUAGCCACCGUCAUCCUCCUGGCCCACCUCAGCUUGGCCAGGAACCUCCCCGAGGCCUCACCAGGCUCUGGAAUGUUCCAGUGCCUCAGCCACUCCCAAAACCUGCUGAGAGCUGUCAGCGACAUGCUUCAGAAGGCCAGAGGAACCCUAGAAUUUUACUCCUGCACUUCUGAAGAGAUUGAUCAUGAAGAUAUCACAAAAGAUAAAACCAGCACAGUGAAGGCCUGCUUACCACUGGAAUUAACCACGAAUGGGAAUUGCCUGGCUUCCAACGAGACUUCUUCCAUAACCACGCUGUGCCUUAGCAGUAUCUAUGAGGACCUGAAGAUGUACCAGGUGGAGUUCAAGGCCAUGAAUGCAAAGCUUCUGAUGGACCCCAAGAGGCAGAUCUUUCUGGAUCAAAGCAUGUUGACAGCUAUGGAUGAGCUGAUGCAGGCCCUGAAUUUCAACAGUGAGACCGUGCCACAAACACCCUCCCUUGAAGAGCCGGAUUUUUAUAAAACUAAAAUCAAGCUUUGUAUACUUCUUCAUGCCUUCAGAAUCCGUGCAGUGACUAUCAACAGAAUGAUGAGCUAUCUGAAUUCUUCCUAAAGAGCUGAGAUGUCUUCAGAUCUUAAAGUCAUUUUUGUAGAAAUCUGAACCAAAGAUAACAGGAUGUGGGUUAGGAACUGGGGAGGGGGUAGUCUGACCUGGUCCUACUUGAGCUAGCACGGUAAUUCUGCUUCUGUUUACAUUAGUCACCUCCCAAAAUUUAAAGGAUAUGACUGUUAUAUCCACGUGAUUCCUUUGAGCGAGUGUAUUCCACCUUUUCUAUAGAUAAGUUGUUGUUUUUAAGUUUUCAUGAGCAAAUUGCUAAGAAGGGAAAAUAUCCUCACUGGAUGUGUUUUUCUUUCCCUUUAAUAAGAACAAGAAUUUAUAAGCUAUUUCUGUACCAAAGUGUUUGUAGAAACAGACACUCAAGCAUAAUUUAUUUUAAAAUAUUUAUUUAUAUAAUUUUAUGUUCAUGAAGGCAUGUGAACUAAUAUUUAUUUAUGUUGUAUUUAUUUAAAUAUUUAUUAUCAAAUGAAUUUGAAAAAAUACCUUAUGAAUGUUAUUCUUAAAAAAUAAAACAUACAAUUAAAGUAUUUCUCGUAUUUUCUAAUGUAAUUGGAAUUAUUUAAGCGUUAAAAUGUACCUGGAGGGAAACUGUAAACUUCGACGAAAUGUGAAUAAAAUUGCCUUGGAAAGGAUGCCUCAGUGUUCCCAUGCUUCCUUGUCCUUUAACCUCGUAUUUUGAAGAGCGCUUAGAUAUGCUUUAAUACGGAGGCAAUCCAAGUGAGUUACAGUUUUUAAGAGUAUACGUUAUUUUUGUUCAAAAUCUGAGUCUAGAGUAAAAUACAUAAAAAUGUUUUUUCUAAUAAUCAU